AUGGCGGUUCCGGUGCUGGUGCUGGUGCUGCUGCCCACCUUCCUCACCGCGGGCAUCGGCCGUCCGGGGGCGGGAGAAACGGUACAGGACGGUGCCGGAGACCGGCUGGUCGGGGACCGGACCGGGCUCUUCUCGCGUCCCGGCGCCGUUGCCAGCGUCCCGCCUGCCUGCUACAAGUAUGGUGUGCCUGGAUGUCCAAGGGACUACAAUCCAGUUUGUGGGACCGAUGGAAAGACCUACUCAAACGAGUGUGUGCUCUGCCUUUCAAACAGUGAAAAUAAAAAGUAUGUCCAAAUUUUCAAGAUGGGAAGAUGCUGAUAUGGCAGAUGGCCACUUUUCAGGAAAAUGAGAGGGACACAAACAUUCCAAAUGG